UCAAGCUCACAUCUUUUUCUUUUUUUUUUCUUUUUUCAAAUCUGCCUGUGUCAGACACAUCAAGAGCAGAUAAGCAUCCACCAGUCAUCUGAAGCCUCAAAUUGCUAAAGUUAGCAAUAAUUUCUCAACCAAGCAGCUGAGUGAUUACGCUGAUAGAUGCAUGAUCUGAUUUUGCUAAGUUUGUAAUGAGACUUUAUUUGUGGCAUAAAACGUAAAGCUUUCAUACAAAACCAGGGAGGGACUUGAUAGCCAUUUUUUUAAACGAGCAAUUUGCUUUCAAACGAUUCUCCCACGAGGCAAUGCACUCAGCUUAUCAACAUGAUUCAUCUUCCUGAUUACAUGGCGUGUCUUAGGGCCCUGCGCAGUGCACGAAGGGUGAGAGGCGCAUCGACCUGCUGCUGCUUGUGCACAAAGAGAAUAAUAAUACAUUUUUAUCCCUUGGGUUUAGUAAAUGUAGUAAGUGCAUUGCUUCUGUUUAAAUUGGACACAGUUUAAUUCAAUGAGAAUUUGCUCUAUGUUAGUUGUCUAGCAACAUGUCAAUGUACGUGGUGCUGUAAGUGUCGUCUCCCCACAUUGCGCAAUAGUAAAAAGCAGAUGGACAUGUGCAACGGCCGCAGUGUCAGUGGCAAGCGAAUCGAUGCAAACAAUCUCGGCUUGUAACACGUGGAUGAUAAAUCGGUGCGUCCUGCGUGUGCGCUGGAGUUCGGUACCUGUGACGUUACUGGCUUGUUAGGGUUCAACAGAAAGUACCGCAGAAGGACCAAUGCCGCGAAUGAACACGUUCAGAUGCGAGACACAGAGACGGUGAGAGGAAAGGAGGGUGGACAGUCUGCAAACUUAUAGGCGCUGCCCGUGGUUCUGGAUCCCAAUCUGCCAGCCAGGUCCAUUUUUCCUCUUGUCCAUCUUUUUUUUUUUUUUUUUUUUUUGCCACGACUUUCUCGCACCUGUGCGCACCGACGGUCGAUGACCUCAAGGAUGAUGGAGCUCCGCAGUCUCUGCCGCCGGAUUUAGACGAACGAACCCUCCCACGUUGUUCACUGUUUGCGAUCACGGAAGAAGGAGCCGCUGGAUUGUUAAAGGUUGAGUGAGAAAAAAAAAAUGUUUCUGAAGGCAUCGUGCGUUACGUUGUUUCACAGGUUGUCUACCGACUGACCAGCUCCAGCCAGAUUCAGCUGGGGACCGUUCAUCCCCUGAGGAUUUUCAACACCUUUAUGUGUUAAAAAACAAAAUGAACAGUUGAGGUUUUGUUGCACUUUAAAGAUAGGUGUUUCAUCCCCUUUUCUUAUCUAAGAAGAGCAACCACCUCUUGCCGAGGCAUGGGUCGUCUGAUUGUUUUGGUCAACUCCAUGCUCCUGUUGCUUUUUGGCAGCGACAUCUUCUUGGUAGGAGCUAACCGGCCCCCGGCCCCGGUCAACGUGUCUGUCAUGCACUUACGAGCCGACUCAGCAACCGUGUCCUGGGAGGUUCCAGAGGGGGAUAUAAUAAUAGGAUUCUCCAUAUCUCAACAGAGGCAGGAUGGACACAUGCAGCGAUUCAUUCGUGAGGUCAACACCACCAGUCGUUCUUGUGUUCUUUGGGACCUGGAGGAGGAGACGGACUACAUCAUCCAAGUCCAGUCCAUUGGGCUUUACGGGGAAAGCCAAGCCAGCAAGAAAGUUCAUUUUCGCACGCUCAAGAAAACUGACCGGUUCUCUUCUAACAGCUCUAACCAAGAUGACCCCACAGUGCAGGGCCUGGACAAGUCUCGGCAUCUUCAAACAGGGGAGAUGAUCAUCAUUGUUGUCGUCUUGGUCAUGUGGGCAGCUGUUAUAGCCCUGUUCUGCCGGCAGUAUGACAUCAUAAAGGACAACGAUUCCAGCAACAAUAAGGAAAAGGUCAAGCCGUUGUCGGAAAGGAGCACGCCGGAGCACCACAGUGGAGGACUGCUAAGGAGCAAGUUUCAUCCCUCUGUGCCAUCUAUAAACAUCAUUGAAGUCUGAUGAGAAGAUGACCAAACUUGAACUACUGCGUCUUCAACUGUUAAUGCUUUUUUUGUUUCUCUCCAAGUUGGAAAAACCAUUCAGAGAAAAGCAGAGAUGAUAUGAGCUACUUAAAAAGCAUUGAUUGAUGAAAGAGUGUUAACAGAAGACUGAUAUGCAUUAGUGAUUUUUGGGGGGCAGGGGAAGAAAACACAUACAUUUGUGUAGUCAGGUACUCCUAGCAAUUGCCGAAAAACUGAGAAGGGCCUCGCCACAGCAAACAGAAAGGGGCGGGGAUGGACCACUGUCAGUCACAUAUCUUAUUUGGAAAUGGGACCAUUGCACUCCGGAAGUGAAGGGGGCGCUAUUUCCUAUAUUAUUCGAGGUCUCCUGUUUUUUUUUGUUUUUUUAAUCUGUGAUAUAUCUUCACCUUUAGGAAGGAAUUUCACUCUCAGCAUUUAUUUGAACCUCUCUCUUUUAUUUACUUCAUCGCAGCUCACAGUCAUUUAUUGACAGUGCAAUAAUUAUUCUUAGCCAAACUAAAUAAUAAUAUUUACCUAUGGCAUCCAAAGUGUUUCACUUGAUGCACAAAUUGUUAAUAUUGUGAUUCUAUGAAAGAGUUUUAUUUUAUAAUUUUAGAGUCUAAGAAAAAUUUCCACCUUGAAAGACUAAAUAGUUUAACUAUAUUUUUUCCUAUAUUUAAGACUCUGCCAACAAAAAGUGUCAGAAUAAGAUGGCACAGUAAAAAUAAAGAUGUGAAUUACUGCUUGUAUCUUUUGAACAACACUGGUUAUUCGCCUGUGAACCUAAUUAAUUUGUUUGUUAUCGACUUCUGCUCAAUUAAAUUUCUUAUGUAAACAUUGUAAAUGGUAUUUGUAUUAUAGUUAAUCAUGUUGUUUUUCAUGUCUCAUUUCUUUUGUUCCUCAUAUAAUUGAUGGAGAUAUAGAUAUUAUUUAUAAUGUACCGAGGUAUUGUUUAUGUCACCUAAGUAGCUCUACAUCCUGAAGAAAAUGGAAAAAUAUGGUGUUUUAGAAGACAAUUUAUCUUUUACGUUGCCAGUAAUGGCAAAAUUAAUAGUAAAUAAUAAUGACUUUGUGGUAUUCUCAUUUAGUGACGUAAUUAUAUUAGUUGUGUUACCACCCCACGCCACCAGAGACAGUACCAGGCAUGAAAAGAUGAGACUAAAUGGCAGAUUUAAAAGUACACAGAAAGCUACGGAAUUUGUUAAAAAAAUGUGAGCUGCGCCAAAGUCAAUAAAAGAGAGAAGUUCAAGUACAUGCUGAGAGUGAAAGAUGAAGAUAUACCACAGUUUUAAAAAGAAAAUGAAAACGGGAGACCGCGGAUAAUAUAGGAAAUAGCGCCCCCUUCAUUUCCGGAGUGCAAUGGUCCCAUUUCCAAAUAAGGUAUGUAACUGACAGUGGUCCGUCCCCGCCCCUUUCUGUUUGCUGUAGCGAAGUGUACUUGGAGAAACUAUUCCCCUGCAGAUUAGUAGGACCUGAUUUAAUGUUAAUCCACAGUGCAGAAAACACUGAUGUCUUUGCUGGGUGCUUGCUUUAAAGCUGCAAUAUGAAACAGUAAUUUAUCAUCUCUGGGAGGCGUAUCUUUGUGACGCUAAACACGCAGCGAAUUUUUGAUAUUGACAUGUGCAGUUAUAUACUAUGUUCACCUCCUAUAGACAAGUGCGAGUAGUGUUCAUAUUCUGCCUGAACAUUAUAAUGCUAUGUGAUUACUGUGAGUAGGAUCCGAAUAGGAUCAAAGAAUGUUUGUGUUUAAAACUUCUCUCUGAAAGUAACAUCAAUACAAUAUUUCCUUUUUAUUUAUUUUUUGGUCCAAACUAAACUGCCAAUUUUUGGAUAACACUGUGUGUUUUCAUAUUUCACAUAUAAGAAACGCGUUUUAGUUUGCUGAAAUAAAGUUGCAUGCAGGGUGUGUAGAAAACCAUUCAAACUUAGAAAGUCAAAAUGGAGAAAUAAAUUAAUUUACAUGUGCCAAGAAGCUUUAUUGUAUAUUUAGUCAGUCUGCUUUUGGAGAAGGUUGCUACAUUUUAACAUGCAUAGCAUAUUUAUUGCAAUUUCCUGAACACAUUUUUUUCCUGACAUGUAUAAUAAAAAUUGCUUGGAAAUGUCUCAUUAAUAAAAUAAAGGUAAUUGAACUGGAAGCUACAAA